UUUAAGUUAACAAACCCCACAGAAUAGAGGCAAAGGUUCCGGAGAGAGAGUGAGACUGAGACUGGUUUAUUUAAUGCUGCAGUUGGGUGCAGUUGUGAAGAAGCCAGACCUCCAUUACUCCAUCGCCAAUUAGCCACACACGCAUCAACACAUUGCAACAUUAAUAUUACUUAUUACGAUCAGAAUUCACAAAGUGGAAAGUGGAACCACAAACACAAGAAAAACGAGAACAACUAACAUGAACUAUAGUGAUGCUGAGAUCAGAAAACAAGGCCAGCUAGUGAAGAAGCGGAAUCAUAAUAAUAAUAAUAAUAAUAAAGGCAAAGAUCAAACAUUACUGAGUUACUCCAACAAGAAGAAGAAGAAGAUGUUGCGACAUGAAAGGAAACGGUACCCUCUCUUGUGUUUCUGGGAGCUUCCAGAAUAUAUGAAGGAUAACGAAUACAUUCUGCGUUAUUACAGAGCCAAUUGGCCUCUCAAACAAGCUCUCUUCAGCGUUUUCCGUUGGCAUAACGAGACUUUGAAUGUUUGGACGCAUUUGCUUGGGUUUCUUCUCUUUCUGGGAUUGACUCUCGCCAAUUUGAUGAAGCCUGGUGUCGUCGAUCUCUUAGGCCUAUUUUCCAGGUCAUUCUCUUCGAGUGCGGAAAAGAAUGUUUCUCAAAGCUUCAAAGAUUUGUUCCUGGGAACAACAACAAUACUGUUUGAUUUGAAACAGCAAGCACCUAUGAAAAUGGAGCCAAAGUCCUUAGAUUUAGUUAUUGCAGCAAGGUGGCCAUUCUAUGUUUUCUUGUGUGGUUCCAUGUUCUGUCUUCUCUCCAGCAGCAUAUGCCACCUCUUCUCAUGCCACUCCCAUUCCUUAAACCUGUUCCUUUUGAGAAUUGACUAUGUUGGCAUCACAGUGAUGAUCAUAACCUCAUUCUUCCCUCAGAUUUACUAUGUUUUCCUAUGUCAGCCUCACUGGCAACUCCUCUACCUUGCUGGGAUCACUGCCAUGGGGUUAUUCACCAUCGCAACGUUGCUUUCACCAACCCUUUCGACCGGAAAAUACCGUGGAUUCAGGGCAAUGUUGUUCUGCUCCAUGGGACUAUUUGGAAUUGUGCCUGCAAUUCAUGCUUCAAUUGUCAACUGGGGGAAUCCUAGGCGCAAUGUUACCUUAGCAUAUGAAUGUACCAUGGCCUUGUCUUACCUUAUAGGGACAUUGUUCUAUGUGACUCGGGUCCCGGAAAGGUGGAAACCAGGGUGGUUUGACAUUGCAGGACACAGCCACCAAAUUUUCCAUGUUCUGGUGAUAGUUGGAGCAUUAGCACAUUAUGCAGCCACCCUUAAGAUGCUUGAUUGGCGUGACAAUUUUGGGUGUGACAAUGGCACUGGCAUAGCUCAAUAAUGAUAAUAUUAUGUUAUAUGUGCCAUAUAAAUAUAAAUAUGCAGCAUAAAAUUGGUUAUUAUUUUUAAAGUAGUUUCUUGUUUAGCUAUAAGAAAUGUUGUUAACUUAUAGUUGAACAGGUUACUCUGGAGAUAUAAGGAGCAAUGUCUUCAGUUUUCAAGCAACUGUGAGAUAAUUAGAAGCUGUUCAUUGAAACAUUAAUACUUGUACUCAAUGUCUGUCUCAGUUUGGUGCCAUAUGUUAUUCCAUUUUUUAUUCAAUUUGUUAGUCACUGUAUGAUUGUAUUUGAAAGACAGUAUACAUAGAUUGUUCUUUUUUUUUUCUCUA